CAGAGCUCCGCCCGCUCCGGGGCGGACCCACACCCGGAAGCUCCGUGGGAGCUGACCGCUGCUGUGCGGUACGCGGAGGCAUGGACCGUGAGCCGGGCCAGCGGGAGGCGGCUUCUGCCCCGGCCCGGGCCGUCACUUUGCUCCUGAGCUGGGGUGCAAAUAGCUAUGGGCAGCUUGGCCUUGGCCAUAAAGAAGAUGUGCUUGAGCCCCAGCGGCUGAACGAUUUCUGUGAUCCCAAACGCCUUAAGUUGCUGACUGGAGGAGGAGGACACUCAGCUGUGGUCACAGAUGAAGGGGAGCUUUUUGUCUGUGGCUUGAACAAAGAUGGUCAGCUGGGACUUGGUCACACUGAAGAUGUUUUGUCUUUUAUCCCUUGCACACCAUUGGCUGGCUGCCCUGUCCUACAGGUGUCCUGUGGCUGGGAUUUUACAAUUUUGCUCACAGAAAAUGGUCAGGUUCUAUCAUGUGGCUCAAAUUCAUUUGGACAAUUGGGCCUUCCUCCUGGGACCAAAAGACAAGUUAUCCCCCAAGUCAUAGAGCUCCUGAAUGAGAAGGUUGUGUGCAUUGCGGCUGGAAUGCGGCAUGCGCUGGCUGCUACAGAAAGUGGCCUGGUGUUCCAAUGGGGCACGGGCUUGGCGUCUACAGGGCGGCGGACAUGCCCUGAGAAGACCCUCCCACCAUUCCUGACAGCCAAGGAGCCUUGCCAAGUGACUGGACUGGAAAAUUCAAAAGUAAAGACAGUUGUUGCUGGUUCCUGCCACUCAGCAUCAUUAACAGAUGAAGGGGAGCUGUACGUUUGGGGGAGCAACAAACAUGGCCAGCUACUGAGCCCAGCUGCUUUUCUUCCCACGCCCCAGAAAAUAGAAGCCCAUUGUUUCCAGAAUGAAAAGGUCACCAUGGUGUGGAGUGGGUGGACGCACUUGGUUGCCCGGACAGAAACUGGCAAGGUAUUUACCUGGGGCCGCGCUGACUAUGGUCAACUUGGGACAAAAGUAGAUGGCCAAGAGAGAUGUACAGGAGAUCAUGAAUUACUCCUGUCCUGCACAAGAACACUGGCCACCAUGCCUUCUUCCCUUCCUUGCUUAGAAGGAGUGACUGAGAUGGCAUGUGGGUCUGAACAUAACCUGGCUGUGGUGGGAAGCUCCUGUUACUCUUGGGGCUGGAAUGAACAUGGCAUGUGUGGAGAUGGUACUGAAGUGAAUGUCUGGGUCCCGAAGCCAGUGGAGUCUCCAAGUUUAGCCCUGUGUCUCCUUGUGGGUUGUGGAGCUGGUCAUUCUCUCGCUGUUGGCCAAGCCCCAGCCUUGCCAUCAUUGCACUGGAGCUCCCAGGACACAGAGUCAAGCCUGGAAAACACACAGCAAGAAAAAGCAAAGGGAAGAAGCACAAACAUUGUUCCCACACCAAGCUAGCG